AUGGCAUUGACGUAUGUGGUGGGCCACACCUGUCCACAGGUGUAUAAAAAACCCUCCUCAGAGGCACUGUCCUCACUGAAGUCACCUACUCUCUUUCUCUACCCAACGACAAUCUCAACCACCAGCAUCAUGUGUGGCAGCUACUACGGAAACUACUAUGGAGGCCUAGGCUGUGGCUACAGAGGCUUUGGCUAUGGCUACAGUGGCCUGGGCUGUGGCUACAGAGGCCUGGGCUAUGGCUACGGUGGCCUGGGCUGUGGCUACGGUGGCCUGGGCUGUGGCUACGGUGGCCUGGGCUGUGGCUACGGUGGCCUGGGCUGUGGCUAUGGCUCCUGCUAUGGCUGCGGCUUCCGUAGACUGGGCUGUGGCUAUGGCUACGGAUCUGGGUAUGGCUGUGGCUCCGGCUAUGGCUACUACUAUUAAAGAGUCUCAUCUUCUCCACCUGGACAUUAGGAUUCACCCAUUCCAUAUCCCACAAUCUCUAAGCCUUCUGGUCGGGUGAUGAUUAUCUACCACCACAGGUUUCGAUCUUAAAUUUUCUGAAGAAUCAUCUUCUGAAGUCAUCAAGAUACGACCU